CAUAGCUGUCCAGUUCAAUUGCAUUACGAUCAAGCGCUUCGGUAGAUAUCCAAGCAACGAUGGCAGGCCAGGGUAAUGUGAGUUGGGAGCGCUUCGAGGAGCAGACCAAGUUGGCGUUCGUGGGGGAUCCUCUGAAUUCACGCUUCUUCCUUAAGACGCGUGUGACGGCCAAGAAGGGCGUGAAAGUGGUAGCGCGGGUGUCGCACCACUCUACCAAACCCACACCUGCGUCGCCUCGCAGCGCCGCCGGACGCAAUGAAGCGGUCAAAUACACCACGACGGACACGAGCAACCUGUUCCGACUGACGAGGCUGCUGCGAUUCGUAAUGCAAGAGGUUCUAGGGCCCAUGAAGACGCUGCUGCUGCCGCCGUCGACGGCGCCAUUGUCCCCCACCUCGAAACCCACUGGCGCACCGGUUGCUGCGGCGCAAGCGGAGAAGAAGAAAUCCAAGAAGAAAAAGAAGGGAAAGAAGUAGAGACGCAUGAGGCUAGAAGAGAACUUGUAUUACGGUCGACCGGUCAGUGGUUUCAUAAUAAAUCACGGACGUACACUGCUGUCUUGAUGCCGCACGUGUAGCCUUCGUUAAACUUGUAGCGCACCAUUGAGUGUGCAUGCGCAUCG